CAAAGUAUCCAGAGAUCAAAUCCUUGAUGAAACCUGACCCCAAUUUGAAAUGGAUCAUAACUGUGAUGCUUCUCGUCCAGUUGGCUUCAUUUUACUUAGUGAAAGACUUGGACUGGAAAUGGGUCAUAUUUUGGUCCUAUGUCUUUGGCAGCUGCCUUAACCAUUCAAUGACUCUGGGGAUCCAUGAGAUUUCCCACAAUUUCCCCUUCGGCCACCACAAAGCUCUAUGGAAUCGCUGGUUUGGAAUAUUUGCUAACCUCCCUUUGGGAGUUCCAUAUUCUGUUUCUUUUAAGAGAUACCACAUGGAUCAUCAUCGGUACCUGGGAGCUGAUGGCAUCGACGUAGAUAUUCCUACUGAUUUUGAGGGCUGGUUCUUCUGCACCACUUUCAGGAAGCUUGUCUGGGUUGUCCUUCAGCCUCUCUUUUAUGCUUUUAGACCCCUACUCAUCAAUCCCAAACCAAUUACUUCUCUGGAAAUCAUCAAUACUGUGAUACAGAUCAUCUUUGACAUUAUAGUUUACUAUGUUUUUGGAGUUAAAUCUCUAGUCUACAUGUUGGCAGCCUCCUUGCUUGGCCUGGGUUUGCACCCAAUUGCUGGGCAUUUUAUAUCCGAACAUUACAUGUUCUUAAAGGGACAUGAAACAUACUCAUAUUAUGGGCCUCUGAAUUUACUGACCUUCAAUGUGGGCUACCAUAAUGAACACCAUGACUUCCCUAACAUUCCUGGAAAAAACCUGCCCCUGGUGAGGAAAAUAGCAGCUGAAUAUUAUGAUAAACUCCCCCAAUACAACUCCUGGAUCAAAGUACUGUAUGAUUUUGUGAUGGAUGACACAGUAAGUCCCUAUUCACGGAUGAAGAGGCCUCCAAAAGGGAAUGAGAUUCUGGAGUAAAUAUCACAGCCCAAGGAAUUCCUCUCCACAGCUUCAUAAUAGCUGAUAGAGUGGAAUUUUUAUCUUGUUAAGCUUAAGAUGAGUGAUGCUCAGAAGCUGCACUGGUGUAAUUUCCAACCAGGAUCUCAGUGGCAUCAGAAGCUACUCAGCCUUCAAACCGUCAGCUCUUGCGCUUGUGCCCACACAUUGUGUUACUGUUACUAAGGGUGUCUCCACCUGUGUCUGUCAUACUGUAAGCAUAUCAUAAAAAGCUUAUUAUGUUAUUUUCACUAUAAAGUUUUGCUUUAUUAAAACAACUAAUAAACUGAACUGUUAAUCGCAGCAUAUUAAUAAUCAUUGCAUUUUUGUAUUUUACUAACUGUAUGCUAUAGUUACCAGGGUGCUGCGGGAACUCAAAAUUUCAUUCAGAAAUUUCUUUACAGGUUUGACUUUAGCUCAUAUAGUAUUGUGUAACUCUCCUCUGGAUUUAAACAUGUAUUUCUGGAGGGAGAAGGGAGGCUUAUAAGAUUCAGGAAGCUGAUAAAAUUCUCCAUCACAAAGUCCUCUCAGCCUCUGUAAACAAUAAGGCUUUCUGGAGGAGCUGUCUGUGAGUCCUACAGGGAGCCAAGGAUUCCAUCCUUGUGACUUUUGUGAAUUUGCCACCCUUGCUGCGUAUUUCACUGAUGCAACUGCCUUUGCGUUGGUAAUUUAGUAACCCAAAUAAACUCACUGGUUUACUAAAGCA